UACACAGAGCACCAGAAGAGUCUUAGAAGAAAACACUAAACUGAACCAAGACAAAAGUGUGAACAUGUCGCUGCAUUCUGACAAGAGCAUCAAUGGGAUGGAACUCUUAGAUCUCCUCUUUGAGCAGGCUGAUGACAACUCGGUUCCUGAAGAGCCCGAGGGUGGCCUUGUUAACCUGGCCUGGCCAUUCGAUCAAAGUUUACUGUCCAACAGUGAUGAUGGAGCUGAUCAUUUCCUGAACUCCUUGUUGAAUGUGUGUGAGUGUGGAUCAGGAUCUAGCUCACCCCUAUGGGCCCCGUCACCAUGCGACAGCGGAAUCAGUGAUGAUCCCCUCUCAGACCAUUUGGACAGUCCUCCUCCUCCUCCUCCUCCUCCACUUUCCUCCAGCCUACUCUUUGACUCCUUAAUCUCUCAGCAGCAGCAUCUUCUCCCUGUUUCAUCUCCUCCUCUUCAUCCUCCUCCUCCUCAGUCCCAACAACAACAACAGCACUCCGGAUGGGCCUCGAGCUCAGCAGAACGUGAUGUUUCUAUUGAUGUGGAGACCUGGGAGUCCAGUCUAUCUUUGUACAGUUCGACGGUUCCUCAGUGUGUUCCGAGCCCGGGUUCCCCUUCAGUUUUCCAGCUCAGCGUGAAGGAUCUGCUCCUCUCUAAUUUAGGAGAACCUCCCAAGCAGCCCUCCCAGAACUUGCUGCAGGAACUCGUUCUUAACGAGGAAGAGAAAAAACUAUUAGCCAAGGAAGGACUGUCUCUACCCAAUCAGCUUCCCCUCAACAAGUAUGAAGAGAAGAUCCUGAAAAAGAUUCGCAGAAAGAUCCGGAACAAGCAGUCGGCGCAGGAGAGCAGAAAGAAGAAGAAAGAGUAUCUCGAUAGCCUAGAAGGGAGAAUGACUGCAUGCAGUGCGCAGAAUAUGGAGUUGCAGAAGAAAGUGAUUCAUCUGGAGAAAACCAACACGUCUCUGAUGGAGCAGUUACGAAGGCUGCAAACCCUGGUUAUGAAAAGCAUGAACAAACCUGCUCAGACUGGCACGUGUAUCCUGGUGCUACUGCUGUCUUUCUCUCUCAUCCUGUUCCCCAGGUUUCAACCACUGGCCCACAGCAGGACAGGUGAUCCAGCAGACCGUAGCACAGACAACGUUCAGUCUCGCUCACUACGCUCUGUGGUAGAGGUCCAUAGUCUGCAGCCAGUCUCCUCCAUGGACAGGCACAUGGAGACUGACAUCAUUUCCAAGAUGCAGAUCAGGCCUGAAUAUGCCGAUAUGGACCCCCUGCACCACAACUACAGUUAUGGAGAUCAGGAGCAUCACCAUCGUGACCCGAUCACCGGGCACGCGGCCAUGUUGGGUUGGCAUAAUUCACAGCCGUGUCCUCAGAAAGACAGGAAAUGAUGUCAUACAUCAACUGAUGUUUUAAGUGUUGCUCAUAAAGGAGAAAAUUCAACAAAGAGUCAUUGUUUUCUGACUAGAUUCAGAUGAAGGCAGCAUCGUGCUCAUUAACAGAGAGUUAUCAGUGCUUUGAUAGUCUCAUUAUUCUACAAAAUUGACAUCUGACUUGAUACGAGUAAAAAUAAAAAAAAUGAAAUUACCAUUGUGGUUUCCACAAAUGAAGAUCAGAUUUUGCUCACAGUAUGGAUUGGUAAUAUUAAAAUAAUAACUAUGGCAAAGUUUGUUAUGCUUUAUCUCUCUCUCUGCAUGUGUUAUUUCUGUCUGAAUCAGUUCACUGUCAAACAGAUGUUCUGGCUCAGUGUCAAAACUGUGACACUCUGUGGGAGAUGUUUAAGAUAACCAGCACGGGUAGAGUCUUUAGGACAGCAGAGCUUAGUGAGCUUAGUGAGGAUAAGGAUUAGGUGUAAAUCUUCAGCACAUUAAAUAAUAGAGCUUGUAUUAUGACAAGGAAAUAUAUCUUCCUUACAGAUAUGCUGAAUUUCAAAGAAAUCAACAAAAUAAAACAACAAAAAAAAUAAAAUUCAGAAAAAGAAAAGCAGCUAAAAAAAAAAUACAAAAACAAACAGGGAAAAAACCCUAUUAAAUAUAGAAACUAUAAAAAGUAGGUACAUACAACAACAAAAACAAGGAACUGUAGAAUAUUUCAAAAGAGAAAAAAUAAGCACAGGGUCCCUUGUUGGGAUGAAUGAAUGCACUAAAGUCGAAAAUUUAUAUGUGAUAUAAAUAAACAGCCAAAGACUGUUUUUGUGCAGCGCAAAUGUUCAUUCUGAAUACAUUUUUGCUUCCCUUUUACUCAACACAAUAUAACACAAUGCUACUGAAUCUGAAUCUGUAUUUGGAUGUAAAGCAGAUGUAGGCAUGGCCUAAACUACAAGGCUUCUCUGCUUGUUAUUUUUUUUGGAAAUGGACACAUGUAUGGUUCUUUUGCAUCUGUCCAUGAUGCUUUCUUUCGAAUAUAAUUGCUUCUAUUUUCCAAAAUAUAAAAUUCCUGGCCAUGUAGUUACUAAUAGUGAACGCAUGAAUGCUGAAAAUGCUAUACACGCAUCGAUCACGCUCCUGGUAAUUGGCAAUGGUAAUUCCUCUAGGUUAUGUGGUUAGUGAUAAAGAGGUUACUGAAGAUAAAUCCAUUAGUAUGUUAGUAUUAUAGUGAGUAUAAGUAUGUUGUGCUUAAUUUUCUUUUUCAAACAGACACUCAAACACAGCCCUGUUUUUGUUUUCACUGUACAUUAAUAAUUCAAUAUAUCUCUCUCUAUGAACAAAAAUAUUUUCUAUUUUGUCUUUCUGUACCAUGAUGACACAAGUAACUCACCCUGUAGGCUGUGAAAAACUUGUGUGUGUAUGAUA